AUGGCCAAAUCAAGCAAUGGGGCAGCGCCAGCGCGGCUGCUGGACGCCUGGACUACGGAGGCUGGCCAUGGCCCACGGCUUGAGGAGAGCACAACAGUCAGCAGUCUAGCUCUAGCCUUCCAUGCUUGCAGCAGGCAAAUAGUUAAUUGUAGUGAACAUCAGACUGAGAAAACAAGGUGUGACCUCUGUGAGAGGCUUGUGACAAAGAGGUCACCUUGGGGUUCUUGUAGAAUUGUACGCACUGGAGAUUUACCAGUUGCUGGUGUUCUCCCAUGCUCCCAUGUCUACCAUGCUGAGUGUUUAGAGUGGACCACUCCCAAGGGGCAGAAGCAUGACCCUCCUUGCCCUGUGUGCGAGAAGCUGGCUGGUAAAGAUACCGAGCAGUGGUCAAUUUGCAGGUUAAAAAAUGGAUUCUGA